UCGAUACUACGGUUCUGCUCAUAAACGCGGUGUUCUUCUUCUGUCGAGUUCUCGAGAGACAAAGUCAGUCGGAACUUCUUACAGAGCUGUCAGGCAUUAAAUAAGUCAGAUGGAGUUUAGUUAGUCUUACUUAUAAGAAGGAUACAGAGCUUCAAACAUGUCGACAAGAGUCAAGUAUAUACAUUGGCGUUACCUCAUAGGCCUUUGAAAAAAUUCACAGGUGUCAAAGAUAUGGCUGUGCUGUAUUCGAUAACAGUUUGAUUGGGCGUUGCAACACCUUAAGUAUCCGGAAGAAUUCUCACUAUGGGUGAUUAUGUUAUUGACUCUGGAAAGAAAAUAUUUUCAUUGGAUGAUGAAGAUGUGUUUAUAAACGACGUAAUCAGUUCGACAGCUGGUACUAACAUGUCAAAUACAAGACACAACGAAACAGGGUUUGAAUCUGGGACCGGAAACGAGACUUUUCCCGAUGGCGUAGCGAUGUCAGAAAGUACCUUAACUGGACUUACCAUUCUCUACACCCUUACAACUGUCUUCUCUAUUACUGGAAAUGUGUUUGUCGUUCUUGUAUUUGUUAGGGGCCGGAGAUCCCGUACGGACCUUAGACCAUUUUUGAUAAAUUUGGCAGCUGCUGACCUUAUGAUGGCUCUUUUUUGCAUGCCUUUCACCUUUGCUGAUGUGAUAUUAGGCCGAUGGUUGUUUCCGGAAGUGCUUUGUCCUCUCGUUUUGUUUGUCCAGAUUUUUUCUGUUGCUGCCAGUGUUUUCACGAAUAUGGCGAUAGGAAUAGAUCGUUUCCUUGCCGUAACGUUUCCUUUACGGUCACGGUUGACACACGCACGUGCGAAAUAUGUGAUAAUUGUUAUUUGGAUCUGUGCUUUCAUUUUAGGUUCCGUCAUGUUUUUUGUCGGACGUGCAACUGAAAUACCAGAAUUCGGAAACGGAACUCAGAAAUGCUUAGAGAACUGGCCGGGUGAUGAGGCAAGACGUAUUUUCACAAUUUUUAUAUUUAUUGUGACAUAUGUAGUUCCUUUGUUAAUACUAGCUAUUACUUAUUCAAUUGUUGGAAUAUUACUUUGGAAGAGAACGGCGCCUGGGAAUAAGGACCACAUACGAGACAUGCACAGGCUGCGCUCAAAAAUAAAGAUCGUCAAGAUGCUGGUUAUCGUUGUUGCCGUGUUUGGAGUUUGCUGGCUUCCAAUCCAUGUGUUUGUCAUCGUCAUGGACUUUUACCCUAGUGUGUUUGCACAGGGGGACCAAAUGUUCACCAUGGCCGUGUUUCUGUGUGUUCAUUGGCUGGCAAUGUCCAACAGCUUUGCAAAUCCAGUCAUAUAUGGGUUUACGAAUGAAAGUUUUAGGGCUGACCUUGCCACACUAUUCUAUAUGUGGAUGCCAUGCUGCGGAUGUCUGAAACACGCCAUGCCACGGCUAAGCAGUUCGUGCACGAACGAAACUGUCAUCCUUCGACGCCAGAGCACUGUCAUUAAUAGCAAAUGGAACACGAACACGUGCCGAUUGUCGUCUACCUCAAAAACACGUUUGCAAAAAUUUGCUCAAACCACUUACGACAACAAGCGUUUCCUUGAACCUGUACAAAGCAGUAGGGAAUGUUCGGCUUGUUCUGGUGGUUCAUCGGAUGAGUGAACUUCGGAUGUGAGUGGAUGGUUUUCAUUUGGAACAUACAAGUAUAUCAGUACCAUCUCAUUUGAAAGAGUAGUUCUUAUUAGUUAUUGGUUCUUACCUGCCUUUUUGAAGAUGUUUGCAAGAAAACAUUAACUUUCUCUUGGAACCGACAACAAAAUGAAACAGACGGCCAAGGACAGGAUGAUCGGCAUUAGUUAAUCAUACUUAUGUAAUGACCUAUACCACUCGCGAGACCAAGAUCAAGGUCGUCAUUACAUCACAUUUGUUUAUAUUUGCAAUAUAUCACCCUAUCCCUGUCUCCUAGCUCUGCCGUUUGGAAGGAGAUCAGACAUGUAGAGUGAGAUGAUGCGUCUGUGAUACCUAUCCGAAUAUUAUUGGAAGAUGUUUGUUGAAGGGACUCGAUAUAUCUGCAGAGCCCCUCGGUGAUGAUGGGUUAAUAGAUAUCCCUGACGUCAUAAACGAGCUGGUUUGCUGAGACACAAAAUUAAUCAUAGCCCUUAUUACUUUUCAUUUUGUCGAUACAUUAAUGCUGACUUGUUAGUCGGUACCCCAUCGUUCAUGAUUAAUUUCUGAUGAAAUUUUAGCAGUCAUAACUGAUGUACGCUGGUCAUUGUUGUAAGACGCUGUAUCGAUCCCCAAGGAUACGCUUGUCUACCAAACCGGGGAAUCACAUGAACUGUAUGAAAAACGAGCAGUAAUCAAUCAACUCUUCAUAAGUAUAGGUAUGACAGCGCUAUCUAUCUGGGCCUUGAAUCGCCCACCAUGAUGAAAUAACGACCGACCCAGCACCAACGUAGGCUGCUAACGAGCACUAUUUCCCGGGUGACUUGACCCUGUGUCAUUCCGCGUGUAAAAGUAGUCCCCGGUCGUGAGUAAACGUGCUACGAUAGAGAGCAGACCAUACGAGAUUGGUUUAGUCUGUAUUGUCAUUAUUAAAGCUGUCGAUGACAAUCUUUUCUGAUGAAUAUGUUAGAGAUGUCCGUCUAUGGAGCAUGUCGGCAACAUUUGACGGUGACAUUAACUUAUAUUACGUACCAUUCAAUCAUAUCUCGA